UAUUAUACUUUUAAGAGUAUUGUCUGAAGAGGGUGCCAUGACAGGCCGUAAAUUCGCGAAAGAAAAGAAGCGGCAUCGCUCCCGUUUGUGCUGCCCGGAGGAGGGAGGCGGCAGCGAGAGGAAACGGAGGAGCACCGACUCCCUUCACGGCCUUCAGGAGGAAACAAAAUGUACUGCACAAGCUUCCGAAAAAGAGGAGGUGGGAGAAGAGCCCAGUGACAUAGAAGAAGGUGGAUUAGACCUCAGUGUGCAACUGAAGCCAGUUAGUUUCUACAUCACAGACAAGAAGGAAAUGCUUCAACAGUGCUUUUGUAUCAUAGGGGAGAAGAAAUUGCAGAAAAUGCUGCCUGAUGUUUUAAAGACCUGUUCCAUAGAAGAAGUGAAAAGGCUUUGUCUUGAACAGUUGGAACUCAUGUCUGAGAAGAAAUUAUUGAAAAUUCUUGAAGGUGAGCAUGGGGCUGAUUCCGACAGUGAUGAAGAGGCCGCUGCUAGUGAAGAGAAGGCCGCCAUUGAAUCAAUUAGUCAGCAAGACAAUAGCAUAGAUUCUACUUCUUUUUUGAAGGAAGACAACAAAUUGGAGGGGAUGGACCCAAAGCAAGGCAAAGGAGAAGAUAGUGAUGUCCUCAGCAUCAAUGCAGAUGCCUAUGACAGUGAUAUCGAAGGCCCAUGCAACGAAGAAGAGAAUCCCAAUGUGCCAGAAAAGACUGUCAAAAGUGGAGAUGGUCAGAUAGAUGACCUUCAGAAGGACAUUGAGAAAAGUGUGAAUGAGAUCCUGGGGCUUGCAGAAUCCUCCCCAAAGGAAACAAAGGCAGCAGCACUAGCAGUUCCUCCAGCAGAUGAUGUUCACCCAUCAGCACAGCAGCUGGAGCUCCUGGAGCUCGAGAUGCGAGCCAGGGCUAUUAAGGCCCUCAUGAAAGCUGGAGAUGUAAAAAAAUAGCCUCUGGGCAAUUUCAUUUGCAAGAUGUCCAUAUUUAUUUUGAUGGGUGUGAUGUCAGCUCCCUUCAGUGAGAAAAUGUAUUUGGACUGGAUUUGACAUUUCUUGUUGAAAUACUUUGUGUAUCCUAACCCUUGGCUGAAAUAGUUGGUGGCACUUUGUCACUGCCAUCAGUAAACUUCCUCUGUGACUUGCUUACAUUGUCUGGUUUGACACUGUUUGACUCUGUUGGUUACUUUUUCUUUGUGCUAGCUUAUUUCUUGACGUGAAUUGUGAAACAAUAAUGACAACGUGCAUCUCUGGCUAAACCUUGGUGCCUUAUGGAAGAAUUUCAAGAGUGGUGUGGGGUGUUCACCAUGCUAGCUCCAGCCUUU